UUACACUUUAUCCAGAUCAAUUUUAAUGUGGUUUGGUUUGGUUUUGACCGAACCGACCAAACCCUACUCGAAACAUAGACAGUGGUGUGGAGUCUCUCUCCACUCUGGGAACAGUUGCCAAAGCGAAAGCCAGCUCAACAGUCUCUUCACAUUCACCGUGCUUACUGCUUUCUCUCUCUCUCUCUGGUCUACCUCUACCUCCUUUACCUUUCCCCACAACGUUUCUCUCUCUUUCACCCUCUGCUCCUGCACUAAUUGCUGCUCUUUCAAUCUUCGAUUCGAUUUGGUAGAUUUCUCGAAUCCUCGUUGGUCGGCGUCCUCCUAAUCCAGCCUAGAAUUUGGCAUUCCCUUCCCCCAACCAAAGUAAUGGACUCUGAACCUUCCAGCGUUGUUGUGCCAAGGAAUUUCAGACUCCUGGAAGAGCUUGAAAGAGGUGAAAAGGGGAUUGGCGAUGGUACUGUGAGCUAUGGAAUGGACGAUGCUGAUGAUAUAUUGAUGCAGUCUUGGACUGGAACCAUUAUUGGUCCUCCUAAUACUGUUCAUGAGGGGCGGAUCUACCAGUUGAAGUUGUUUUGUGGCAUGGGUUAUCCAGAUUACCCACCCAGUGUGAAGUUCCAAACCCGGUUAAACAUGACUUGUGUCAAUCCUGAAACUGGCGUUGUUGAACCAAGGCUUUUCCCGAUGCUCGCUAAUUGGAACAGAGACUACACAAUGGAGGAGAUACUGGUGCGGUUGAAGAAAGAAAUGAUGUCACCACAAAACAGGAAGCUUGCUCAGCCUUCAGAAGGUAUGCAACCCUUUCACUCCGACAUGGUUUAGGGAUUUACAAUGGUAUUGGCAAUGUGUUACCGACGUCAUUGAUGUGUUAGGCUGUGUAGAAUUUGAGAAGCAAGGCAGUAACACUGGGUUGAAUGUGGUGGUUGGUACUUUUUUGCAGGGAAUGAGGAUGGAAGAGUGGACCAUAAAGGGCUGGUAUUGAAGUGCUGUAUUAUGUGACCAUGUUUUACUUAUGAAAGGGCUGCUCUAAGAAUGAAUGUACAAGAUGUACAUAUAGAAGAUUCAACACAGCCGAAGGAUGAUUUCCUUUCAUCAUCUCAUCAUCAUCCCUAUUAAUAUAAUACAUGAUAUCAUGUACACAUAUAUAUGUAUGUAUCUUGUAUCAGACAAUUGUUCUCUAAUUUGAAUGUAGCCUAAUGCGAGACAAUGAUCAAUAGUGCCCUGGCCGUGGAUGUGGAACAGCAAGUCCCGUUCUCAUUUCUGUUUGAUCUGAUAUCUGCUACAGUUCUGCACUAGGAAGGUACUUCAGCAGUCGUACUUGUUUCUUGGUACCACCAAUAAAGGGCCUAUAGUACUAUAGCCUUUA